AUGAAUAACGAGAGCCCAAUUUACGGACCCUUCUUCGGAGUUAUGGGUGCGGCCUCGGCCAUGAUAUUCUCGGCCCUCGGAGCAGCAUACGGCACAGCCAAGUCGGGCACAGGGAUUGCAGCAAUGUCCGUAAUGAGGCCGGAACUCAUCAUGAAAAGUAUCAUUCCAGUUGUAAUGGCAGGUAUCAUCGCUAUUUACGGUCUGGUCGUGGCCGUACUUAUAGCUGGUGCACUCAAGGCCCCAUCCGCUGGCUACACAGCGUUUCAAGGAUUUCUACAUCUUGGUGCUGGACUUGCUGUCGGACUGAGUGGAUUAGCAGCAGGGUUUGCAAUUGGAAUCGUUGGAGAUGCUGGAGUCCGUGGAACUGCCCAACAACCACGCCUCUUCGUUGGAAUGAUCUUGAUUCUCAUCUUUGCAGAAGUGUUGGGUCUCUAUGGUCUUAUUGUGGCUAUUUACUUGUACACAAAAGUCUAAAAAAAUCAAGAUUAUUCUCAUCAUCGGAAUGUACAACUUGUUGUCCUGUUUGUAGUAGUUGUAGAAGACGUUCCUCGUGUCAAGUACGUAGACUUUUAGUAAAACAAGCAAGAAUCAAUUAAAGAAAGAAAGAGAGAGUAAGUGUGCGGUCGUAUAAAACAGUCAAAACAUAAUAUACACAUACCAUUAAAUUAAACUACCUUAAUUCUCUACAUACAUAUACAUGAUGAUGUAUUAAUGUAAUGAAAUAUGAUCUUUGGUAAAUAUGAUUGAGAAGAUGAUGAUGAUGAUGAUAAAUGUCUUGUAAAAAAUAUACAAUUAAUUUUUUCCAAAGCCAAAAAAAAUAUACCCCUUUUUGUGCGUAGUCUCCCCGCAUUAUUAUUAUGUAGUUUUUGAGGAUUGUAUAUGUUACUUAUUAAUGAGCGGAUUUUUACUUAUUUGUCGCUCUUUUCCAUGUAAUUCAAACGUGAAUAUAUUUUGUUCAUAC